ACCUGCCAUGGGCCACCCGCCCGCAUCCUGACAGGAGCUCGCGCAGAGGGAGGGCACCAUGGCCACGGCGAACGACAGGGCCGUCCUGCAGACCAUCUUUAACCCCAGCACCCCCUUCGGGGACAUCCCUGGGCUGGACGAGGAAGAGGAGGAUGGCACCCAGGAGGAAGAGGCAGCUUUCCCCCCCGAGCUGCUGGAGCAGGUGCAGGACCUGGAGCUGCAGGGGGUGUCUGCUGCGGAGUCGGGGGAUGUGAGCACGGCGCUGGAGCGGUUCAGCGAGGCCAUCCGCCUGCUGCCCGAGCACGCCUCGGGCUACAACAACCGGGCCCAGGCCCUGCGGCUGCGGGGCGACGUGGCAGGCGCCCUGCGGGAUCUGGAUGCUGCCAUCCGGCUGAGCCGGGGCUGCGGCCGCGCCGCCUGCCAGAGCUUCGUGCAGCGCGGGCUGAUCCACCGGCUGCACGCCCGCGACGAGGACGCGCGGCAGGACUUUGAGCGCGCGGCACGGUUGGGCAGUGCCUUUGCCCGGCGGCAGCUGGUGCUGCUCAACCCCUACUCAGCGCUUUGCAACCAGAUGCUCUGUGAGAUGCUGGGGCGGCUCCGCAACCCCAGCAGCACCGCGAGUGAGUGAGACGGGCAGGAGACGGGAACAGCAGCGUGUGCGCUGGACACGUCCUGGCCACCAGAGAAGGUCCCUCUCUGGUGCCAGAGAUCCUCUUGUUGUUGCUCCUCCUCCAUCCCUGGCUGACAGCUGGGAUGGGAGGUACCGAAAUGCCUUGCUUUGUCUCAGCUCCGCUCUACCCCCAAUAAACCUGCCUGCAUCCCUGGC